CCUAAUCGUCAUUGGAAAUCUAUCAGGAAGCCUCUAUGGCAGAGUAUGAUCUGAUUGAUAGAAGAAGUGAUCGCUGGAAAUCCAAGUUUCGAGCCUUGCAGCUCCGAAUCCGUGAUCGAUUCCGUGUAGCUGUCGAUCGGCAUCGGCGCUGGCAGAGGUUCUCCGAUUCGAAUGAUUCAUCGUUAUUGCAGCGUUGGAUUCUUAGACUCCGCAGCCUCCGGAGGGCUUCUUCCCUACCGCCUACUCCGUUCUAUCGCAAGAGAGUCAGCACGGAUGUUGAUGCAAUUGAAGACUCGAUCAUUGUUCGCAUGCUUCAAGGUCUGGCUGUUCCUAUUCUUGGAAAUGCUUGUCAUGUCUUUAUGCACGGGCUCAACCGUGUCCAGAUAUAUGGUGCAGAAAAACUACAUCAGGCUCUAUUACAGAGAUCAGAAGGCAAACCUCUUAUAACGGUAAGCAACCAUGUGGCUGCUGUAGAUGACCCAUUUGUGAUUGCUUCUCUUCUGCCACCAAGUGUGUUAUUGGAUGCUAAUAGCUUGAGAUGGACACUGUGUGCAACAGACCGAUGUUUUAGCAAUCCAGUGACGUCUGCAUUCUUUCGAUGUGUCAAAGUUUUACCUGUUUCUCGUGGUGAUGGUGUUUACCAAAAGGGAAUGGACAUGGCUCUUUCAAAAUUGAACCAGGGUGGGUGGGUUCAUAUAUUCCCAGAGGGAAGUCGUUCUCGGGAUGGGGGAAGAACCAUGGGGUCUGCCAAGAGAGGUGUUGGAAGGUUGGUGAUGGAUGCAGACAACAUCCCGAUAGUUCUCCCCUUUGUGCACACAGGGAUGGAAGAUAUUAUGCCCAUAGGAACGCACUUCCCAAAAAUAGGCAAGAUGGUCACAGUGCUCAUUGGUGAUCCGAUCCAUUUUGAUGAUUUACUCCUCACUAAUGAUGAUGCCCAGCAUAUUUCAAGGGAAACUUUAUACGAUGUCGUAUCAUCAAGAAUCGGUCAGAGACUCCAUGAGCUAAAAAUCCAAGUCGAAAGACUAGCUCUUGAACAAUUAUCUGAAGUCCGUGACUAUUCUCUACAGAACACAAAACGCGCAAAUGGCAUUCUGCAGCAGGUUGAUUGGGAAGCAUUUGGCAUGGGGAGCUAUGUAUUCACAGACGUCAAUUCCCCCUCCUUGAAACAGGCAAUCCAGACCCUAACAAAGCCACAUCUUGACCAGUCACAAGGGGCUGCCCCUCCUAACUGGCAUGUUAGGAUGGGUUUCUCGUAUGAAGGUGGGAUUGUGUCAAGGAUCCGUGGUUACAUGAAUCCGUCUGAGCUGAUGGGAUUUGCAGUUAAAGGUUUGUUCAUGAACGGCAGAACGUCGAAGGAAAAUCCUAUUAGCAUCCGGGAAGUUCGUCCCUUGAAGGCAUGGAAGCAGUACUUGGAAGGGAACAUAUUCCAGCAAUGGAAUUGCAUGUAACUUUUUUAUUUUUAUGGCCGAGUAGCACGAGUUUGUGUAAAUACAAGCGGGAGAAUGAGCAUGGCCUCUCUGUAAGUUCUGAAUUUUCCAAGUUCAAUGAAAGUGGGAGGAGAUUUAGUUCA